AAAUCCCCUCCUCCAGAAGAGAGGGGGAUAGCUCUGCCAACAGCACCCUUCCCGUGUGUAAAACGCUCAGGUGUGGAGUGGUGAAGCCUCAAGUGGGGGCUGUGGUGGGGAAGGAGGUUGCAUGCCCCAGGGCCAGGAGAGGAGUGCACGGAGGGGGCUUCUCAGGGAGAGAGGACACUGCCAGUUGUGAGCAGAGUGGGAGCAGUCUAUCAGUGCAUAUCACAGCCCUGACCAGAGCAUGAAACCCUCGAUGGAGAGGACAUACACCCCUACGAGAGCAAAUCAGAAAGUCAGUGAAGUGAGCAUGUGCUCCUAUCACAGCUUUCUCUUGUCUCACAGUCCAAAAGCUUUUUGGUGAUUCUUCUCACAUUUCAGGGGUGUGAAAGGAUACUGAAGGAUUUCUGUAUCUUUUUUUUCUUUCUCACUGACACAAAAUGAUGUCAAAGGUGUUUUUUUUUUUUUUAAAUCUUUAAGCCUGUCAUAUGGAUAACAGCAUUGUUGUGCAGAAUUGAGACUGAGCUCUGAAAUACUUGCAUGUUUCCACUCAGUAAGUCAAGAAUGCCACAGCUAACAGCAGGAGUGGGGAGAGUUUAACUAGGGAAAGUGUGUUAGUUAGUCACAUAACUCGGUCAUAUUCACUGCUGAACUCUCUGUGUUGUCAUAUCAGUUGUUAGAAAUGAAGCAAAGCAAGGAAAGCGCUGUCCUAGGGCAGUUGCAUGCGUAACUUAGAGCUGAAUAGAUCUAAAUGGUUAAAAAGGGGUUCUCUGCUAGAGAGGAGGAGGGGAGAGUAAGAGUGCAUUCCCAAAAAAGUACAUUCCCAAAAUAAAAAGCUUACAUCAUGGACCUCUUCAGCUUUCCCACACUUCUUUCCUAAUUAUUGUCCUACAGGACAGCUGAUCUAUUUCAAACAGGAAGCUGUUUACAGAUAACACUUGCAACUGUGUUGUCUGAUUUGUUGAACUGUCGAAAAGCAAAAGACAACCUCUUUUCAAAUUAAAAACUGUCAGACUUCUGUAAACAGCAGCAAUGAGGUUCAUCUGUGCAGUGUCCCUGCAGGCACAGAGUGUUCUGCAGUUCCCAUUUUCUCAGCAACCAUAAGGAGUCAGUGACCUGUAAGUGCUCAUUAUGAAGAGAGAUCUGGUUUUCUUGGUGAGUCUAAUUAGCCUUGCCUUCCUGUCACUGCUAAGGUCUGGAUAUCCUCAACAUAUUGCAGAGGACUCCUGCUCUGUUCAAAUCCUUGUCCCAGGCCUCAAAGGGGAGGCUGGAGAAAAGGGGGAAAAAGGUGCUCCAGGUCGUCCAGGCAGGGUUGGGCCUCCAGGAGAAAAAGGAGAAAUGGGGGACAAAGGACAGAAAGGCAGCAUGGGGCGGCAUGGAAAAAUUGGUCCUAUUGGUUCAAAAGGUGAAAAAGGAGAUAACGGUGACAUAGGACCACCGGGUCCUAAUGGUGACCCAGGCAUCCCCUGUGAGUGUAGCCAGCUAAGGAAGGCUAUUGGUGAAAUGGAUAUCCAAGUGGCCCAGCUGACGACAGAAUUAAAAUUCAUAAAAAAUGCACUGCCCUCCCCCGCAGCUGUUGCUGGUGUGCGUGAGACAGAUAAUAAGAUAUAUCUGCUGGUGAAGGAAGAGAAAAGAUACAAGGAAGCCCAGCUCUACUGCCAUGGAAGAGGAGGGACGCUGAGCAUGCCCAAGGAUGAGAAUGCCAACAAUCUGAUUGCCUCGUACAUCAACCAAGCUGGGCUCACCAGAGUUUUCAUUGGGAUUAACGACCUAGAGAAAGAGGGAAAUUUUGUCUAUUCUGACAGAUCGCCCAUGCAGACCUUCAACAAGUGGCGCAGUGGGGAGCCCAACAAUGCUUAUGAUGAGGAGGACUGUGUGGAGAUGGUGGCGUCUGGAGGGUGGAAUGAUGUUGCAUGCCACAUUACCAUGUAUUUUGUUUGUGAAUUUGACAAAGAAAAUGUGUAAGCUUGUCUGGUCUUUAUUUUAAGAAAUGUUUUCAAGCAGGUUGUACAAGUUAGCCCAUGUUUAUAGAGUACAAGUGAUAUUUUACAUGUAUGUGACAUCGGUGUUGUACAGCUGUAAAUACAGUGUAGGUAUUUCAAAUAUCGGUAUUUACCCUUCAGAAGGGAAGAGCACUGAUAAGUAAUACAUAGCUUUUUUUUUUUUUUUUUUUUUUUUUUUUUUGGUAGGAAAACGUAACUAUUUAGAUUAAAAAAGAAAAAGUGUUUUGGGGCUAAAUUCUGACCUCACAACAGUUAUCAAAUGUGUUGGCAUGACUGUAGGGGAAGGCAGAAUUUGGCCUCUAGUUUUUAGACUGAUCAUUUCUGAAGAAGUAGAUUCUUGAUAUUCUUUUACCUUAGCAAAUUUUGUAGUUAUAAAUGUUAAUUGCUUGUAGGUCUACAGGGAUAUUUCAGCAAGAAGGCAAAUAUUUUGUAUACUCCAGUUAAUUAGUACAAAUAUUACCAUAAGGUUUUUUUUUUUUUUGAUGUGAAGGUGUUACAACUUUUUUUUUUUUUUAAAUAGCUAAAGCAAGUGAAUAAAUCAGGAGCCCUA